ACCCGCUCUUGGUGGUGGCGUCACUGCCCCAGGAGGGGCCGGUCCCCCCGCGGCGGGGGCCGGUCAGGCGAGUCUGCGGGUCUGGGGGGGAGUCACCGCACGCUCUUAGCUCUGCGGGGCCUGUCGGGCGUUUUGUUUCCUGGGAAGAGCACCACCCUCAGACCGGGCUGCUCUGAGCGCCGAGCGAGAUGUGUCGCGAAGCACUCGUGUGUCUCCCGUGUCGUCGGCGCCUCGGGGCCGGGGGGUCAGGGAAGAACCGCCGUGGGCCCGCAGACGGGGAGAGCUGUGGCGCGUCGUGGGCCCCGGGGUGCUGAGCUCAGGGGCCCGCGUGCCUGUGUUGCAGGUCUCACCAAUGGCUUUGGGGGCGCACGGAGUGAGCAGGAGCUGGGGGGCGCCCCGGGGAGGAGAGCUGCGCCCCGACGACGCUGCGCCUCGGAGUCCAGCAUCUCGUCCAGCAGCAGCCCUCUCUGUGACUCCAGCUUCAGCGCGCCCAAGUGCGGCCGGGGCAAGCCCGCUCUGGUGCGCAGACACACGCUAGAGGACCGCAGCGAGCUGAUCUCCUGCAUCGAGAACGGGAACUACGCCAAGGCGGCCAGGAUCGCCGCAGAGGUCGGUCAGAAGAGCAUGUGGAUUUCCUCCGACGCCGCGGCCUCUGUUCUCGAGCCUCUGAAAGUCGUGUGGGCCAAGUGCAGCGGCUACCCCUCGUAUCCGGCCCUGAUCAUCGACCCCAAGAUGCCGCGCGUGCCCGGCCACCACAACGGGGUCACCAUCCCGGCCCCACCGCUGGACGUGCUGAAGGUCGGCGAGCACAUGCAGACCAAGGCUGACGAGAGGCUGUUCCUCGUUCUCUUUUUUGACAACAAGAGAAGCUGGCAAUGGCUCCCCAAGUCCAAAAUGGUCCCCCUCGGCAUGGACGAGACCAUAGACAAACUGAAAAUGAUGGAGGGGAGAAACUCCAGCAUCAGGAAGGCCGUGAGGGUCGCCUUCGACCGCGCGAUGAGCCACCUGAGCCGUGUGCACGGGGAGCCCACCAGCGACCUCAGCGACAUCGACUGACCUGCCCGCCUUCCCGUGGCCUUGUCCAUAGUGUGGAUAAGCUGUAUAUGCGUGUAUAUUGUUCCAGACUUAACUUAUUCUGAUCUCUAGGCCUGGUUCUUUAAUUCCCCCUCCCUCGGGAGGGCAGGUUUUAUUUCCAAGUUCUCUGUGAAACCGUCCCCGUCUGGGCGCUCUGUGAAUGGCGCGGGCGCGUCUGCUGAGCUCCUCCCGUGCCCGGCACGGGUCACGCCGGAGGCUGCACCUGCGUCACUUUCUUUGAUCUGUAGCUUUUUUUUAAAGACUUUUGAAUGUUUAAUAAUUUUGUAAAUCAUACUCUUUACACGGAGUACCACUAUUUAAUAAGACGGGAUGUAAAUUUACAAUGACAAAUGUGUAUUUUAAGAAAGAAAAUGACAUUAUUUUGAAUGGUACUUUGUGGAAAGAGGUGGAGAAUAGAUUUAUGCUGUGUACAUCACUUGCAAAUCACCAAAAACACUCCGCCCCCCCUGUGGGGGCUGGGGCAGGCGCUUACCACCCCCCCCACCCCUCCCCCGUGUCCUCACCGUCCUCGUCCGCCUCCUCCGCCCGUCUGCCCCAGCUUUCCACGGGUGUGCCUCCAGCGGGUUAUUUAUUGUAGAAAGUGUAUUCAUUUGCUUUAUAAUGAAAAAUAAAUUUGCAAAAGUAUAUUGAUAUGCAUUUUUAUACAGGCACAUACAGAUUCGACUUGCUUUGGGAGCAGGAUGUGUUGGUUGUUGUGUAAAUGACUCUGGCUGUGUGUUCUUUGAUUUUGUAACUUGUAAUCUUUUGUUUACAAUGAGGGGCUUUCUGUAACUUGUUUUAAUUUAGAACACUUUGGUAGCAAUAGAAACUUUGGAUACAUUUUUGUAUGGUACAUGUGAUGUAUAUAGAAUUAGUACUUUAUUUUUAUUUUUAAGAGGUAAAGCAUUAUGUUAGGGGAAAAGGUAGGGUGGGUUUCCAAAAAUGCAGUUUUUAUAUUAAAAAAUAAAGUCAAGAUUUGGA